UCUAAUUAGUCAACUACUAAUUAAACUGAAUAUAUUUAAAAAAGAAGUCCAUCGGAAGUUCAAUCAAUUUUUCGUGUUAUGGCUCCAUCAAGGUGUUGAUGAUUCUGCCAAUGUCGAGGUUGUAUAAGACACGGCUAGUAUAUGAAUCUUAUUACGGUACGGUAUAGACAGUGUUCGGUGGAGUAUCCCGAAUUGUUCAGAAAAGUUGAUCACAUAUUUUUCGCGGUAAAAUGGCAAACGUCAAAGUCCCAUCGGAAGUUCGAUAUUUGAUGAAACAUACUUUUUGACAUUUAGGCAUUUUGAGACUUUGACAAUAUGAAUAAAAGUCAUUAUGACAUUCGGUCAUUUUAAGAAGGAAACAUUUUGAUAUUUAGGCAUUUUGGGACUAAGUUGUUUUAAACACUUUAAUUAGAAACUUAUGAAUAAAAAAAAUGUCUCAAGUCGAGACUGCUUGGUAGGGUGCCCGGAUGGCUGGCUGCAUUGCCCCUCUGGAUAGCAAUGCUUAUCCGCUGGGCGAGUUGUUAUGCGCAAUGCAAUAUAUUUAGGCGCAAUGAAACCAAACUGAUGAUUUUCCUUCCCAUGCCAUAUUCCUUAUAUUUUAUUGUCAUCAUUUACAUUAUUUUCCUGGCAAUCAAUAGGAGUAGACAUACUUGUUCAGUUUACAAUGCACCGUUAAUUUAGUCAAUAAUUUGGUACCUAUAUAAUGAGUAAUGAUGACUUACUCUUCUGCUAAUCAGUUUCAGUUUCAUUUAUUUUAAUAAAGUAACAUUAUAAUUGAUUUACCAUUAUUUAGGAUCAAAAGGUUAUUGAAUGUAUUUAUUGGUUGUUAAAUAGUACCUUCCCACUGUUUUUCAUCAUAAAUGUAUAUGUUAAAAAUAAUGUUUAAAUUUUCAUUGUGUUUGUUACAAGUGUUAUUAUCAUUCCGCUGUGAUGUAAUGACGAUGAAAACUCAAGAAAUCAGGCUGCGACCAAAUUAUUUUAAACGGGACACAAUCGGCUUUACUUGCAUAGCAAAUGGAAACUUUGGUGAUAUUCUAUCUUGGUACCAGAUCAAAGGGUCAACACACAUAUUAUUGCGAAAAUAUCAACAUAUGCGUGCAAUUGGUAUACUAAGGCUUAACCUCAAUAUGACCCUACAGCAACGGGACCAUGGUACGAGGGUAUACUGCACAAAAGAUACCUGGCCCGCAUGGGAAAAUUCAACGAGACAAGAAAGUGAACUCGUGUUGAUUCCGUUUAAAUUUAAACCAUACACCCCACCUCUUGAAACUCCCAUCGUUACCGUCAUGCCGAACACCAACCCCUACAUCUUUGAAGUGGAUGACAAGAUGACUACCACGUUCAUCUGCAAUGGGACCAAGCCUGUUGAUGGACGGAAACUGACUUGGUACAUUCUAGAGCCAAACUCUAAACCAAAAUAUUUAGAGAACCAAAUAUUGGACAGCAAAUCGUUCACAAGUAUUCUAUCAUUACAGUUAAAUAAGACCUACCACAGGAAAAAACUGUUUUGUGCUCAGGAUUUUGAGUUCAAAUAUACACACCCUAAUGGUACUUUCUAUAUAGAGGGGUAUGGUGAGCUUGCUAGAUCUGAAACUAUCAUAUUACUACAUCGAGAAAUUCUUAAUACUAAUGAGGAAGCAGAAGAUACUUCAAUGGAUGACUAUCCUCAAAAAGAAGAGAAUGCAGGUUUCUUCUGGCUGAUUGUGAGCGCGGUUGCUGCAAUUUUAAUACUAGCUGCCAUUAUAUUGUUCGUCAUAAAGUAUUACAAAAGCAGAGCACGAGCAUUACGACUGCGAGAAGAUGUGGGUAUACCUACUGCAACUGUACACAUGGAGACGAGGGAAGAGGAUAUCGGGCAGAGGCCGCCCUACCCGCCGCCGGUCUGCCCGCCACCGCCCGAGCUAGUCUAUGACGAGGUGUACGCACACGGGGCGGGGCUGAAGCGCCGCCCGCUACCACCGCUGCCCGCCUGCACUGCUACCACUGACGCCCGAGAAACUAACUAGACGCCCGAGUGGCUACACCGCUACCACCGACGCCCGACUACCUAGACGCAAGAGCGACUGUACCGGUACGACUGACGACCAAGUAACUAACUAGACGCCCGAGCGACUGGACCGCGCUUGAUGACGACGCUGCCUCGAAUGACCGCUGCACGAUCCAUGACGCCAAAACUAUUUUUCUGCUCACCGGCCGGAAAGCGUCAACUUUCGACCCGCUGCACUAAAUGAAGUUACCCCUUUCCGUCGAACACCAAAAUAGUAUACACAUUCAGUCAGUAGAUAAUAAAGCUUCAGUACCCCUAGUGUAAAUAAAUUCGAUUUUGAAACGUGACGUAUGCGUUUGCGUUUAGUCUCAUUUUGUAUUGGAUUUAGAAAGAGCGCGCCAAGCGGGACGUUUUGGAAACUCAAAAUACUAUACAAAAUGAGACUUAACGCAAACGCGUUCGUCACGUUAUGAUGUCGAUAAAAUUUACACUAGGGGUACAGAUCAAAGGUUUUUUACUAUGUGAUCUGAGAUAUUUCUUACCGUACUGCCCUAGUAAGUAUGUAAUGCUAUUAAAGACAAUUUUGGAAAA